CCCUCAUGCUCGAGCCCUAUAAGAUUUGGGUACCUAAUUACCCUCCAUUGCGCCAGUUACUACUCGAAGAAUACCACGACGUCCUGUACGCGGGACACUUCGGUAGCAACAAGAUGCUCACCGGUAUUGCAAAGCACUACUACUGGCCCCACUUGGCAGAAGACGUUCAGAAAUUCGUCACCUCGUGUGAUACAUGUCAGCGGAUGAAGAGCAGAAAGCAAAAAAAAGCAGGUCUGCUACAACCUCUUCCUAUCCCAGAACAACCAUGGCAAGUGGUAAGCCUAGACUUCAUCAUCGGGCUACCAACUACCACAAGCGGUCACAACGCAAUCCUCGUCGUCAUUGACAAGUUCUCCAAAAUGGGACACUUCAUCCCGACACACACCACAGCACGCACCGAGGAGACAGCACAACUCUUUGUUCGCUACAUCAUUUCACAACAUGGCAUUCCAACCACACUCAUCUCCGACCGAGACCCUAAGUUCACCAGUAAAUUCUGGAAAGAACUGAUGUCUUUACUCGGAACCAAACUCGCCACGUCAUCCGCAUACCAUCCGCAGACAGACGGACAUACCGAGCGUCUUAACCAAAUUGUGGAGCAGCUCCUCCGCGCAGCCUGCAACGACGACAUCUCCAAGUGGAACUUGCACCUGCCCGUUCUGGAGUUUGCCUACAACAAUGCUACUCACGCCGCUACCGGACAGACGCCGUUCUUCCUCUGUUACGGACACCACCCACUCACACCUCAACAGCCAAACAUACCAGCCACAUGGUCAGACUAGUAGUACUGCCCUGAGUAUUCUU